AUGAAAUUUAAAUUGAAAUAUAUUAUAACAUUUUUUAUUUCUUUUCUAUCAUGUUACAAUAGUUAUAUUAUAAAAAGUUUUAAUCAGCCAGUCGAAAAAAAUCAUUUUUACUAUAAUAAAAAAAAAAAAUUUUCAUCUCCUAAUUAUUUUUCCUACAUUCCUUUUAUAAAUGAAUAUCUCCUCAAGAAAAAAGUUUAUAACUUCAAAAUAUUUUUAAAUAAUAAAAAGACAGAAGAAAAAGAUAACUUUGAAGAUUUAAAUAGUAUACAGAAUGCUAUACUAAAUGAAGAAGCUCAGUUAAAUAAAACUCUUGAAAAAAAAUAUAUUAAAAAAAAAAAGGAAAGCUAUAUAAGUAAUGAAAAUGAAACAAAAGAUGUAAAUAAAAAGAAUAAUUAUUUAACGAAUAAAAAUAAGAAUGUGAAAAAAGCGAAAAAAACUAUUUGUAACUUUGAUUGUGAUUUUGUAAAUGAAUAUAGUGAUAAUCUAAAUAAAAAAAACAAAGAAAAAAACAGUAAUUUAAAAGGACAUAUCAAUGAUGAUGAUCUUUAUAAAUAUGCAAAUCAAAAUAAUAAAAAUAAUUAUAAUUGUGAAUAUACUUAUCCAAAUAAUAAUAAUAAUUCAUUUGAAUAUAAUGAAUGUGUAAAAGGUACUAAUGAAAUUGGAGAAGAAAACAAUGAAAUGAAAAAAAAAAAUAAUGAAAUUCUAGAAGAGAAUAAUGAAAUGUUAGAAAAAAAUGAUGGACUGUUAGAAGAAAACAAUGAAAUGUUAGAAAAAAAUGAUGAAAUUUUAGAAGAGAAUAAUGGAAUUUUAGAAAAAAAUGAUGAAAUUGGAGUAGAAAACAAUGAAAUGAAAAAAAAAAAUAAUGAAAUUCUAGAAGAAAAUAAUUCUAGAUUCAGUGAUAAUAAUGGUUACCGCGAAAAUACAAAUGAAAAAAAAAAGAAAAAAAAAAAUAUGGAGAUAAAAAUAGUAAGAAAUUUACCUUUAAUAUCAAUUAUAGGUAGACCUAAUGUUGGAAAAUCUACCAUAUUUAAUAGAUUGACUAGGAAAUUUCAAAAAGGAAACAUUGUUUUAGAUACAAGUAGUACGAGAGAUAAAGUUUAUGGAGAGGUGGAGUGGGAUGGAUAUAAAUUUGAGAUUGUUGACACUGGUGGUCUUGUUUUUGAAGAUGAUAAAUUCUCAAAAGAAAUUCGAGAUCAAAUUUUAUUAGCACUUAAUGAAUCGUCUGUUGUUUUACUAGUUGUUGAUGGAUUAAAAGGAAUAGAUCCUUUAGAUACUGAAAUUUGUAAAUUUUUGAGGAAGUAUAUUAGGGAAGAAUAUAAAAAAGCUUUCUCUAAAGGAGAAAAUGAAGAAAAUAACGUUUCACAUAAUGAAAAAGAAUUAGAAGAUAAUGAGAAGAGUGAUAUAAAAAAAAAAAAGGAAAAUAAUCCAUCUGAAAUUCUGUGUGAAAAAUAUUUACCAAACAAAAGCGAAAAAUUAAUUAAUAAUGCACAAAAAAAUAUAAGUUAUAAUAGUAACACAAAAAAUUGCUAUAAAUCAAAUAAAAAUGGUAGCGAAAUUAAAGAAAAAGGUGAAGGUGGAGAUAAAAAUCAAAAUGAAAACAAAAACAAGAGUACAACUAGUGAUAAAAAUAAUGUUAAUGAUAAUUUCAAAAACAAUUCCUUCUUAAAAGUUAUUGUUUGUGUUAAUAAAUGUGAAUCAUACAAAGAUGGAUAUUAUAAGGCACAAACUUUUUGGGAAUUAGGGUUUGGAAACCCCUUUGCAUGUAGUGGAAUUCAUGGUAAUGGAUUAUCUGAAAUAUUAGAUGAAUGCAUAAAAUAUAUUAAAAAAGUAAAAGUAAAUGAAAUAGAUGAAGAAGAAAUUGAAAAAAAUACUAUAAACAUUAGUUUUAUUGGAAAACCAAACACAGGAAAAUCAAGUAUAUUGAACAAAAUUCUAAACUGCAACCGUUUUAUUGUUUCACCUUUAGCAGGAACUACUGUUGAUUCAAUUGAUGUUUUAAUAAAAAUUAAAGAUAGUGACAGGUUAUAUAGACUCAUUGAUACAGCUGGAAUUCAAAAGAGAAAAAAAAAUGUGCCAUUUAAUGAAAAAACAAAAUAUGAAUAUUUAUUAUAUAACAGAACCGAAAAAGCUAUAAGAAGAAGCGACGUUUGUAUUCUCGUUAUUGACUCAUUUAAUGGCAUUAGUUCACAUGAUAUAAAUAUAGCAAGAAAAAUUUUACAAGAAAAUAAAAGUUGCAUAAUUUGCUGUAAUAAAUGGGACCUCAUACAUAACAAAAAUGAUAUUUUUAAUGAUACAAAAAAUUACGUUCUUAAUCUUUUGAAGCCAAUUGAUUUUGCUGAUAUUUUGUUUAUUUCAGCUAAAACAUCUCAAAGAUUACUUAAUAUAUUUGAACAUGCAGAAGAAACUUAUAAGAAUUAUACAAAGAAAGUUAAUACUAAUAGUUUGAAUCAAAUAAUAAAAGAAGCACUUUUACUUAGGCCACCAGUACCUGUAAAAAAUAAAUCAUUAAAAAUUUAUUAUGCUUUUCAAGCACAUAUUAAACCACCUGGAUUUGUAUUUUUUUGUAAUUCAGAAAAAUCUGUUUAUUUAAAUUAUACAAAAUAUUUAGAAAGUAGAAUCCGAGAAACUUUCAGCUUCAAAGGUACUCCAAUUAAGAUUUAUUACAAACAGAGAAGAUUAAGAAAUAUUGUAAAGAAAGUAAAGAACCCAGACAAAUACAAUUUAGAUAUUGAAGCUAUUCAAAAGAAUUUUCAAAAAAUGCAAGAAAGUAAAGGUGUUUACAGUUAA